AUGGCCGCCGCCAACCCCCAGGCCGCGCCGCCCGAACAGGACCACGCCGCCAUGCCCGACUACCUCGCCGACGCCGAUGCCGUCCUGAAGGACCAGGGCGUCAAGUGGAGGUACGGCCGCCCGCCGGACUACUCCAAGACGCGCAAGGUCUACGCCGAAACCAAGCAGAUGAACCAUCAGUCUGGGAGCCUCAUCCAGAUGGUCGAAAACCUUGUCAAGAACUGGGAGAUCGAGGCCUCCUUCAAGCCUCGCAUCGAGGACUGGAGGACCGUUGACGCCCCCAACUACACCUUUGCCAUCAAUGGCAACCCGCCCCAGAGCGCCGAGCACAUGCUGAAGGUCGGCACCUACAACGCCAUCAUCUCGCCCAACGAGUACUACAGUCCGGAGAACUCCGACUUUGCCUCCAGCCACAAGACCUUCAAGCGCAUGAUGCCCACCUUCGCCUGGGAGGUGCUCGAAGUCUACUCUGGCCCACCCCACGUGGCCUUCCGUUGGCGUCACUGGGGCACUAUGAAGAACGACUACGUCGGCUUCAACGAUAAGGGUGAGAAGGUCACUGCCAAGGCCCAUGGCGGGUCCAUCGACAUUCAAGGCGUGACUGUUGCCACCGUCGAUGACAAGGUUAGGCUGCAGCGCGUCGAGACCUGGUUCGACCCCAUGGAGAUGUUCCGCCAGAUUGCGCCGCAGGGCAUUGUGAACAAGGAGCCGGUAGCUCGGCGGGUAAGCAGAACCCCGUCACCUCUCGCCAACAGGACAGCGACACCUGAGGUAGCUUUCAAGAAGCCAGAUGAGCCUGUCGAACCCAGCCAGUCGAUUUCCGCCGAGCCCGCCGCUGUCCAAGCUCCUCAGUCCGAUGUCGCCACUCAGAGCGAAAGUGCUCUGACCAAGGACGCUCAGCCCGAGGUUACUCCCAGCACCAAGGAAGCUCAACCUCAGCAGCAAUCUACUCCUGACAAGCCCGCCGAUCUUCUGCUUGUUUCACCCAUCGCUAAUCAUAGCCACUGCGCCGAGGCCGGUGAAACUUUAUCUGAAUCAAAGACGGAACACGGCCCUGAGCCUAGUGAACAGGCACUGCAGCUCCCUCAGACAAACGACGUUAAGGGGCCCGUCGAAACCCCGUCAGUAGAUUCUACCGAGCAAGCCCAAGAGAUGGAACAGCUGCUGCAACCUUCAAUUGCUGCACAGGAAUCGACACAGCUGCCAGAGUCUGAGACCGACCAAUUCCAUGACCUGGACCAGUGGCACGAGGCAUCGGAUAUCCUCAGCGACCCUGCGCCUGGCUAUGAGCCCGAGAAGUUCCACGAUGCUGUAGAGAUCGACCACGAGAACUCAACUGUAAGCUCGGAAGCGGGUAGCUGGACGGCUGUGACACCUCCUGCAUCCGACCCUCCUACGCCACGCAGGAGCACGUACUCGUCCAGCAUCACCAGCUCUUCCGAGCAGGGACAGUCCAGCAGCCAAGCCUCUCCCACCGAAGCUUUCUUCUCUCAGUGUCCUGCACACAAGGUCCACCCGCACCCGAAGGACAUGGAGAAGGCCGUCAGUCCAGAACCUGGUGAGGGUGUGGCCGCUUCGCCCGACAGCGAGGAGGCAAGGUUGACGCACAUAGAGAUGAGCAAGAUCACUCCAUUUGAGUGCCCUUUCCUGAUGAACAGGGAGUAA